AUGAAAAUAGCCUAUGACUUCAUGUGUGAGGGCGAUCCAGUACAUAUGCCUAACCAAAACAUCAGCGCCUCCUCCACAAGAUAUGUCAAGGAAACCAAAACCAAGACCAUCUCAGCGUUAGUUGGCCCUAUCAAUUCCGGCACCGCAGUGCUAGUAGGAAGUCUUCUUCAGGUGUCUGACAUUCCCGCCAUCAGCCCGAGUGCAACAAGCGAUGAGUUGAGUUCACAAAUGUACAAAGACUUUUUCAGAACAGUUCCACCAGACAACUGGCAAGCAGAGGUCAUGGCAGACAUUAUAGAGCUCUUUAACUGGACAUACGUGGCGGCUGUCGGGUUAGAUGAUUCUUAUGGACAUAACGGUAUUUCGGCCCUGGAAAAGGUAUCGUACAACCGGAAAACAUUUUGCAUUGCUUUUUCUGAGUACAUUCCACGGCUAAGCUAUAAGAAUAAAACAGAGGAAACUGUUCUCAAGAUUAAAAGGAGGUCUGAAAUCACAGUGAUCAUUCUUUGGCUUUCUGGCGGUUACGGAAGAGCAUUUUUUGAAGAAGCAACUGCUCAAAAUCUUGAAGAAAAGACUUGGAUACUUAGCGACGCACUGGCCACGACGGGAGCAUUAUAUCUCGAUUCUCACUUCACUAUGAUAAACGGCUCCUUAGGAAUACUUCCACAUGACUAUUCUGCUCUCGAAUUUGAAGAGCACCUUAAGACGAUCACACCUGCAAAAAGCAUUGAAAGAGGCGCACACUGGUGGGAAGAGUUCUGGAGAUUGCAUUUUAACUGUUCAGCCACAAACUCCGAUGAUUCUGGGCUCGCAGUUUGCGAAGCAAAUCUGACAGUACACUAUGCGCUACAAAAGAUACGCAACUCCUUCGUAUCGUAUCUCAUUGACGCUGUUUAUGCUAUUGCACACGCCCUAGAUAACAUUUACCGCUGUUCUCUUACUAUACAUGGUGCUGAUAAAAGAGGAAAGUGUCCUCCAGUCAAGCCGACUGUCAAAGGACGUGAUCUGGAGAAAUAUCUCAGAAAUAUCAGUUUUGACGGUUUGACUGACAAGGUGCGAUUUGACAAGUUUGGAGAUCCUUUAUCAGCUUCAUACGACAUCAUAAACUAUCAGCUUGACUCAACCACAGACGCAGCCCGCAAAAAUAUUCUGGUUGGUUAUUGGAACAAAAACACCACGCCCAAGCUCAAUGUAGAUUUGUCCAGGCUACGAUGGAGAACUCCCUUCACCCCAUUAUCCUCCUGUUCAUCGGAAUGUUUACCUGGUACCAGAAGGGAGAAAACCGAGCCAUGUUGCUGGGAUUGUAUCAAAUGUCCACUGGGAACUGUCAGUAGAAAAGUCGGAUCUAUUAGCUGCACUAAGUGUGACCCAGAGACAAAGUCAAACGAGGGGCGCAGUAGGUGUGAAAAGCUACCAGUCAUCAACAUCACGCAUUUAAAUGUCUAUGGAAUCACCAUAACAGUGGUGGCUUCCAUCGGUUUUAUUUUCAUAUUGUUCAUAGGAGGCACCUACAUCAAGUUUUUCAACACCCCAGUCGUGAAGGCCUCUAACAGAGAGAUUUCUUUUCUGUUGCUAUUUGGUAUCUCAGCUCUCUUUAUUUUAGCCGUCCUCGAACUUUCUGAGCCCAGUCAUUCACUUUGCACCGCAACAUUUUUCUGGCGCUAUUUUGGUCUCAAUCUUUGUAUCACAGUGCUCUUUUUAAAAACUAUGCGAAUAGCAAGCGUUUUUGAGGUCGAUAAAGUGGCGCAGUUGUUUACAACGUGUUGCAAAACCCUAACAAGGCAGGGUAUCUUUCUCUCAGGUAUGAAUUUAGGUUUCCUUUGUUUAUUGGCUCUGUGGAUCUUUCUGGACCCCCCGAGGCGUAAUAAGGUCAUCCGCGUAGAUGAGUACAUCUUUCUUGUGUGCAAACCAUUUAACACCAACGUCGGCCUUGCACUGUUCAUCGCAGUCUGUGCUUACACGCUCAUUGUGGCUUUCCUGUGUACGUAUUACGCUUUCAAAGCAAGAGGAAUUCCCGAAAACUUUAACGAGACAAAAUACAUAGGAUUCUCUAUGUACAUUCUACUGUUGUCAUCGCUGGCAUAUUACCCUGUGCUGUUUGCUUUUGAGAGCUGGUACGUGACAAUUGUAUCUUGUACUACGACUUUAGUAACUUCGUUUGGUAUGUUGGGAUGCAUGUUCGGUCCCAGAAUCUACAUUCUCUUUUUCCAUUCCCAGCAAAACACCAUCGAAAGCGUCAGGUCGCAGGUGAUGAAUUUCUCCUUUAGUAAUGUAACGGCAACCAGAGUUUUGCCGGGACAAAUUAAUGAAGGAGUACCACACGCUGCACUGAAUACCGAAAAUUAAAAACGCUGGAUUGCAGUUCGCCCACCAGCCAUUCUUGUGACUAACAUGGAAAAAUACUUUAAACUUCUCAAUCCGUACCUGCCUUAAUCAUUAAGUACACUAGACUUCUUUACCUUGUAUGUUUUGUCUUCCUGUACUCGAUAAUGACAGCGUACAGAAAAACACAUAGCUGUGAGACGACGUUUCGUGGACUGAUAGAGAACUGGAAAUAGGCUGUCGACUCAACACAACCCGUUUAUGUUCUAUCUACUGAUAUGAGUAUUAGGCCUUCGACUGUUUGAGUCUCUCUCUCUGAAAAUAAAGAAGUUGGAGGCUUAUGGGUUUGGAAGUGGAUCUCUCGAUUUGAUGGGAUCUAUUUUCGAAAACAGACGAAACUAGGUAAAAAUGGGUGAAAUUACAAGCAUUUGGAAACCUAUGAAACGUGGAAGUCCGAAAGGAUCAUCCUUUGGGCCCUUACUCUGGAACAUGUUCCAGAAUGAUUUACCGUUGCAUGUCAAGAAUGGAAACAUAACCAUGUACGCGGAUGACCAUCAAUUGCGUGUGAUGGGGAACAAAUCACGAAAUAGUUAGACAGCAACUGAAAACAAGCAGCAAGCAAGCUCUGAAAUGGUAUUCAAAUAACUUUUUAUCAGCCAAGCCGGCCAGAGAAGUUUCAAUUCCUAAAUAUCAACCCAAGAAAAAUUGAUGGAGAUACGAGUGAUGCAGUGCUAAGCCUGGAUGGCCUACCCAUUGACAAAUCAGAGGACAUUGAACUACUAGGAGUCCACAUCGACGACGACCUUGAUUAAAAGAAGCAUAUAAGGGAGCUGUAUAAUAAGACUAGCCAAAAAGUCGGAAGACUAUCUCGUUUAAGACAUUUAAUACCAUCUAAGGCUAAGCUGUUGCUGUAUGAAGCUUUUAUUUUGCCCCACCUUACAUAUUGCCACCUAAUAUGGCAUUUUUGUAAGUCGUCAUACAAAAGGAAGGUGGAACGAAUACCAGAACAGGCAUUGAGUCGAGCCAUAUAUAGAUCCCACUCGGAUACGUAUGAAGAAAUCUUAGAGAGGGCUAACCGUCCCACGUUGUAUAACAGUUUUCAAGACAUCUUAGUACUAAUGUUUAAAGUCAAGUAAGGUUCGAUCAGAUAUAUAAGUCCCUUCUUGUGGUCUAAACUAAACAAAGACUCCUACGAGAAGCUUCUAGCUAGCUUAGUCAGUUUUCGGAACAAAAUUAGAAAACUGAUCUUUUCGGGGUAUAUUUCUAAUAAUAGAAACUGUUAUAAACUCUGAAGUGAAUAGACAACAGUUUAAGUAUCACAGUAUUGUAGUUGUCUACUUUCCAUUGCAUUUAAUUGAGGGUAUAUAUGUUAUUGUAAAUACUCAUUUUUAGCAUUUUCUUUUAAUAGUUAAUGUCCCCAAUUAGUCCCUUUGGGCUAAAUACUCUAACACUUAAAUAAAGGUUCCUAUCUUAUCUCAUCUUAUCUAGUGUGUUUAACACGCUUUAUACUGUAAGCGGCCUCUAAAAAAUCUAUCGCUAACGCGGAGUUAGCACGAUUUAAGUCAAAUGCAUUAUUCCGCCAAUCGAAACGAGCUAGUCUAAUUUAAUUGAGAUGAUGUGACAUUUUGAGCUCUUGGCCUGUUCGAAAGCAGCGUCUUUGCUACCCUUUCCAUAGUCUCGUGUUCGACAAAUUCCGAGUACUCGAAUUCGGAGACAAAUGAAUGAACGGAUUAAGGAACAUGACCUACACAUACAGCUUUCACCAACUCAGACCUCAGCCAUUCUGGAACACCAAUCAUGCUUAGAUUGCAUUUUUUUUUCUUCCUUAAUAGAAAGUUAAGUAUUUGUCCAAAUGCCCCAAAUAAAUUUUUAUAUUCCUAAAAUUAUGCAUGUUUGCCCUUCGGAUAUUUCCUUAUUUAAAUAUAAUAAGGAUGACACUUUUGACCCCUAGGUAGAACCGUUCAAUGAUUCGCCGAUUUUCAGGUUUCAUUGACAGAAAUGCUCCAUCUUGGGAUAGUUUUCUUUUGAUACAUCUGUCUUCGGCUGACUUUCUGUUGGCGUUUAUUUGUUACAUGCAUUUCCUGGAUAACAAAAGGAAGCGUCCGUUGCACACCAGCUACAAUUCAUCAUUACACAUACCUGGCCUAGUUUUUGCAUGUUCUUAAUAUUGAUCCAACCUCAUCCCUUUAUAUAUAAGGAGAGCCCUUUCAGCCAGUAUCCAGUUACAUGCAUUUCCUGGGAUGACAAAAGGAAGCGUUCGUUGCACACCAAAAAAAGAAACGUUCGGUUAAUUAUGUCAAGAAAAGGGGAAUAAAUCCUUGUCAGUCCAAUGUGACAUUCCGCACGAAAGACAUGAUGACGCAGGCUUUAAGACCGUAUGAAUGAUGUGUAAGCUAAAGUAACGUAUUUCACUGUGGUUUCACUUCAUUUUAGGUUUUUUCCGGCAGGAAAUAAGUGCACUUUCAAAACAGGAACACCAACAUGAUUUAUAUUUUACAUCUGGAGUCAAUAUUGAUCCCAUAAUUCUGCAGGAUGGUGUAGAUUAGGGCAACAUGGUGUAGAAUGGUACAGAAUGGUGCAGGAUAGAGCAGGUUGCCGCAGGAUGACACAGGAUGGAGUAAGGUGUUGCAGAUUGGAUCAGGAUAGUUCAGGAUGAUGUAAGUUAGUAAAAGUUGAUGCAGGUUGGUGAACGUUGUUGCAGGUUGGUGCGGAUUGCUGCAGGAAAGUGCAGGUAGGUGCAAGUAAGUGCAGGAUGGUGAAAGCUGGUGCACGAUGGUGCACUAGGGCUCAGGGUGGUGCAAGUUAGUGUUGGUUGGUAGAGAUUGGUGAAGGAUGGUGCCAGAUGGUGCAGAUUAAAGCAGGAUGGUGCAGGUCGGUGCAUUUUUGUGCAGGCUAGUUCAGGAUGGCGCAGAUUGGUGCACGAUGGUGCAUGAUGUUGCAGGCUGGUUCAGGAUAGUGUAGGAUGGUGCAGGGUGGUGAAGGUUGGUAAAAGUUGGUGCAGUAUGGUGCAGGAUGGAGCCGUCUGGUGCAGGAUGGUGCAGAUUAGUGCAAGAUAGUGCAGGAUGGUGCAGACUGGCACAGAAUGGUGCAAGCUGGUACAGAAUGAUACAAGUUGGUGCAGGAUGAUGCAGAUUGGUGCAGAAUGGUGCAGGACUGUGAAGGAUGGUAAAAGUUAGUGCAGGAUGGUGCAGAUUGGUGCAUGUUGGUGCAGGAUGUUGAACGAAGGUGCAAGUUAGUGCAUAUUGGUCAAGGUUGGGACAGGAUGGUGCACGUUAAUGCAGACUACCGCAAGAUGGUGGGGUAGGUACAGGUAUGUGCAGGAUGGAGCAGAUUGGUGCAGGAUAGUGCAGAAUCGUACAGGAUGGUACAGGAUUGUGCAGACUAGUGCAAAAUUGUGCAAGCUGGUGCAGGUUGAUGCAAGCUAAUGCAGGUUGGUGAAGGUUGGUGCAGGAUGCCGCAGACAGGUGCAGGAUGCUGCAGUUUGGAGCCAAUUGCUUCAGUAUGCUGCACGUUGGUUCAGGUUAGUGCAGGAUGGUGCAGAUAAAUAUGAGAUGUUGUUGUUGUUACAUGGAUAGAAAUACACAUCAUCUUCGUCCGUCAUUUUAAAUUUCUUUAAAAAACCGUGAUCUGCCCCAGAGGGGGGAAUCUGGCUCCUUUUUCACAACAAAUCUACACCAAACUACUGCAACUACAGGAAUUAUACCAACGACAUCAAACUACACCAACUACAGUAACCACAAAAACUCCAAAAAACUUUAGCAACUACACCUAUCUACAUCAACUACCUUGACAGAAACUACCUGGACACGAAUUCUUCUAUAUUCGUAAAGGUUAUCAUAGAUCAUCGCCAGUUUAACGCUUCUGUUCUUCUUCAAUUGUGUCGAUUAUUCCUGCUGGUUUGGAACCCACAUCGCGGCAGGAUACUCCAAAUUUGGCAUAACAAUAGUAACAAAUUUUAGGUUUAGCGUUUUGUGUUUGGGGCGUAUAUUACGUCUCACAAAUCUGAAUGGCUUAUUUACUUUGCAACAUUUAUAGUGACAUAGAGUUCCACUACCGGUCAUUUGAUAACAUAACUUAUAAACGCAGCCAUGAACGAGAAAAUGAAUCGCAGGCUGAGAAGCUGAAUUGUUACAAGGUGAUCGGCGAGCUGAAACAUCAAACUCAAGAUUCCAACGAGACCAUUGAAAGGCUAACCAUCAACUACAACACUGACACCGUCAGAAGCGCAACUCUGCGCCACUAAGUUGUUAGUUACCAGAGAAGACUUUCUGAACUGGAAGAGAGGUAUGAUAUCAGUCAGAAAGCUAAGGAAGAUACAGAACAAGAACUUAAGUUACUUCAACAGAGAGUAGACGAACUUAGUCCAGAGAACAGAUCAAUUCAAGAAUCCAAAGCUCUGAUCAUGGCAGAGGUCACCAACCAGCGCAACAAGAUCACCCGCCUUGAGCAACAGCUUGAAGAUGCCGAGUUUGACAAACAAAGUCUGGCACUCCAUUUGUCUGCUUGGCAAAGCAAAAAAGAAGGCGAUUUGCAUGAGAUUAGCAGGCAGAUCUCAAGUCUGUCUGAACACAGACAAAGCCAACGGCGUGAUAAAGAAGGCCUCAAUAAUCAGUUGAUAUCGAUGAGGCGAAGAAUGAAUAAGCUGCAACGUGAAAACGAACCUCUACGAUCAGAGGGGUACCAUGCGACCACUAAAAAAGAAACCGAUGACGGUAAUGCGGAACAAGAUAAAGGUGAAGAAGAUAGGACAGAAAGAAGGAGAGAAAGAAGGAGACGAAAAGCAGAAAUGGAGGGCAGAGAGAUAGUCCUGAUAAGCUGAAGGUGUUUGGGAUUUGUGAAGGUGAACACAUCAUCGGACGACUGUUUAUAUUACUGAUUGCAACCAGCUAUUUUCCUAAGAGGUGUAAUAUGUCCAUUCCACAACAAAUGGUGUCCAAAGGUCAUUAAGGUUCUAUUAUGGGCCCUUUGGUAUUUUCAUUGUUUGUCACAGAUCUACCUAAUUGCUUUACAGCUUUCAAUGAGUUAAUGUACGCGGAUGAUACGGUCCUCUAUUACGCUGCCUCGGAUGCAAACUAAAUAACGAGCUCAAAUUCCUUUUUGGAUUGGUCAAAUAAGAACGAUCUGUUCUGUCAUCCUAAGAAAACUGAAUAUGCAAUAUUUGAAACUUAAAACUGCUAUGCAACUUAAUCAUUUGACUUUGUUAAGCUUAGUGAAGUUUCGGGUGUACCGGCGCAAAAGCUAUCCGAUAUACAGUCAAACCUAUUUUAAAUAAUACGGACACCAAAGGGACUAACCAAGUGUCGGCUUUACUGAAGUGUCCGUAUUAUAGCGGUAAGGAAUCUAUGAUUUUUGGCAUUGCUAGGACCAAACGAACCGUCCGUAAUAGAGAGGUGUCCGUAGAAUAGAGAUGUCCGUAAGGAGAGGUUAGACUGUACAGUCUAACCUAUCCUUACGAAUAACUCGAUAAUACGGACAGUUCUGUAAAGCACACACUUGGUUCUGUCCCUUUGGUGUCCUUAUUAAAGAAGUUUGACUGUAGUGUGAACAUAGCCUCACACAAUCAGCUGUUAUUCCAAUAAAGCUGAGUGUCCCAUAAGGCAUGUUCUACUACAGUUAAACCUCUCCAAACGGCCACCUUAGGGACAGAAGAAAGUGGCCGUUGUAGGGACGUUUAAACAUCAAGAGUCAAUGUAUGGACUGUCCGCCAAAAAAGUGGCCGUUGUAGGGAGGUGGUCGUUAGUGGAGGUUCGACUGUGUACAUAAUCCAACCUUUGCGUUUACGUGAAGGUUUAAGUAUGUCCAUAAAAAUGCUCCAGAUUUGUUUAGGAAUCAUUUUAUCAAGUCAUCACUAGCCGUAAAGGUUUACUUCCUAAGGUACGUACAGAAUCUGCAAAGAAAGGCUGCAAUUUCAUACUGUAAUCCAAGCUUUUAGUAAUUUGCCAUCUCAUUUGAAAGCUGAUAAUUAAAAAGUUUAGAUGUCUUUAAAACGACGUUUAUAUAGUGUUAAUGAUAUAUGAAAUAAAUCAUAUAUAGUUGUAAGUUUAUAUAGUUUUAAGUUUCUAUUCGGAGACAUUAUACAUUUCGUUUAUAUUUACUGAAUUCUGUAACCUGUAUUAGGAGUAACCUCCACGAACGGCCUCCUCUCUACAAUGGCCACCUUUCUACAACCGCCGCUUUCUUGUGUCACCAAGGUGGCCAUUGUGGAGAGGUUCAACUGUAUACAUAUUUCACAGGAUAAAUUUAAAUUAAUACAUCGAAGGGGACCGAAACAUAUGAGAAGGAAUAUUUAAGCUAAAGUGAAGUAUUUUCUUGUAAUAUAAACUCGCAAUAUCAAAGUCAAACUCUUUGGUGAAAAUUUUCGUGAAUAAUCUAACUAAAACUCACACAUAAAAACUUGCCUGAUCUGGCUUGGUUAAACAGGUUUUUAUAUUUUUCUAAAAAAAUAAAAUGAUAAACUCCUGCUAGCCGGUUCUUAAAGCACUUAGUUAUUACUGUAUUCGACGCAUUAACUUCCGGGCACCUGCUGAUAUGCUUAAAAUACUCAAUGAAAAAUUUCAAAAAUCUUUUCUUUCCCCUCACAAUAAGUCAAAAGCCUUCUUUAUACACUGUGCAUGCGAAUAAAAAGCAGUGUUCACAAUACUUGUGGGAGAACUGCUCCAAAUUAUCUGAUAAAAUGAGUCCAAGAGAGCCACUGAGCUUGACAAUGAUUAUUAAAAUGUGAACAAAAGGCUGGCCUCCCGGCUGGUAGUUUCCAAGGCAUACGAUAUGUUUAACAAAACCGUCCCGCUGCACAACAUAUGGUAUUUCUCGUUCGUAAGCUCACAUAUAAUUACUUCGGCUUGCUGAGUGAAUCUCAUCUGGACCUAUAGUUCUUACAUUUGUUAGGAGCGCGCCUUCUUGAUAGAUAGCGAGGGACUUUUUUAUCAUCUCAGAGCAAUCUGCCAAUAAAACAUUGUUCUGAAUCACAUUCAUAUGAAUCAGAUAAUAAAUACGUUAAGUAAAACAUUUUUCACACUCUGAAAACGACGCAACGAACCGACCAUUAGUCUUAAGACUAGUCUGCUACGUCAUAACAAGAAAAUAAAUGAUGUGGUAAAAGGUAAGACCACGUCACUAAAAUCUCACUGGCUUUAUGUUGCGUAUCACGGAAAAAGGCAGACGGUUUUUGCGAGUUUUCAAUCAAAGAUGUCCACUCGGAGAACGCAAGUUUCUAAUUUAUCCCGAAUUGUAUAUCUUCGAACCUUUUAAAAAGUAGGAAAUGAAGCAAAACAUUUUCGUCGUAGGAGCACUUUAAAUGGUAAAGGACUUAUCCGAUCACCGAGUGUCAAAGUAGUCAAAAUUUCCAGUCAAACUACCAAUGGUUUCACUCAAUGAGAAGAUUACCAAAAAAUUAAUGGUUUAUUUAAAUUUUAAAUGGACCCACGCAAAAACAGAUGGUAUUUUAAAACAACAAUCGUUUUAUUACUUCUCUUGACAUCGCCCAAGUUGAUUAUUUUGCGUUGAAUACGAAAAAUAUAUAAGUGAAACUAAAAAAGAACAGGUUUUGUCACUAAUUUGGCGCAAGAUUAACAGAGCGAAGAACCGUUCCCAGCAUACUGAAUGUGAUUCAUGUAUCGGUAAGGUUACUACUAGUACUAGUUCCCUUUUGAAUUAAAUUCCUGCUCAGAAAUUUGCCGUCUUAAAAUCAGAAGACACCUUGUGAAUAUAACAAUAUUUUUUGGCUUAUUGACCUGUCUGGAUAUGAAUGGAAAGGUUUUCUAAACUCAACAAUUCAGUUUUUUCUCUAACCUCCGAUUACAAAAGGAUUCUUUUUGGUCGUUUUGAAAAUGACGAUAGAAGUGAAUACAUUACUGUUUCUUCCGUGUGCCAUUUUGAGUCAGAAUGUUCACAAAUACUUUUUCACUCAAUUUUAAUGUUUCCUCUACGGCUUUGACUUUAAGGCUUUUCGAAUGAUAAACCAUUUACAUCGUUUGAGUAACAAAAUUGUCAAAGUUACUACUUCAAACAUUCAUAACUUUAUUUAACUUCAGAUUUUAGAGUAGCCUAAAGGCUAGUAUCUCCGUUGAGUUACACAUACAACAUCACACAUAAAAAUCUAAUUUACAUGAAAACACAAACCGUUGGUAAUAGUAAACGUCUAAUUUAUGAAACUAUGAGAAACAAGUAAACGUCUAAGUUCCUUCAGACUAAUGGUUCUCCUAAAAGAAUCGGGAAGCUAGUACCAAUAUUACGCUGCGGCAUCCCGGGGAGGGUACUUGGGUUAAUUUUUGCUGCAUGGUAGGUACAUGUGCCGCUGGCCUCUCAGAGCCCCUACCCCACUAUAGUCUAUUCUGUGGCCAAUUUUAGACCCCACCUUAGUCACUUUUGGAGAAAAUAUAUAAUUUUCGCAAUCCCAACUUAGUCACUUUCUAUUUUUAUGAAUUGACCCAUUUUUUAUAUUGAAUGAAGAACACUUUACUUUUCUUCUACAGUACAAACAUUCUGGUACGUUUGCUAACCGUAAAUAUGAAGAACUGUCUUAUGCCAAAAAAUCCCAAAGUGUGCUACCCCAUUCUAGCAAUUCUAUUGAAAAUGCGACCCCAUCCAGCGGCACAUCCCCAUUAGCCUCUUAUAAGGAAGUACCCUUCCCUCCCCCCUUCCCGAUGCGGCAUUUCUAACUUAGUUAAGGCUAUAUGUAGGUGUUUAGGGUUUGGCAAGACUAACACAUUCGUACCUCUUAAGCCAUAGUCAGUCGUGCUAAACUGAAAUACCUCUUUAGGUAUUCUGGAUAGUUAAUAAAGUUAAUGCAUUUCAAAAUACACAUCAUCAUAUUGCUAAUUCUCGUAUUUGCCAGGCUGGGUGUAUCGGCCCGCUCUAGUAAACUAUCAUAGUCACAGUUACUGAAACGUUUGAUGCCACCUUUUUCCUCCAGUAAAGGGUAAACGUCGAUCAUCCUCAGCAAGGUGAAAACCGCCGUCGGACAACCCUUCCUUUCAAUUCACGAAAUAUUAUUCACAAUAAAAUAAUACUAAGCAUGGGUAUAUGUUAAUCAUGUUGUUAAGGCUACAUCGAAAUUCCUUUGAUAUUUCCUUUUCCGUUUGUUAAACAUGAGCGAAAAGGACAAAACGGCCCAAAGAUAAUAAUUUGAUACUUUACACUUCUUUUUGUGUGUCUGCCUAUCUCCAGCGGGCGUGGGAAAUAUUUUAGGGAAAUCAUGUUAGCAUGUCCAAAUGUCUAUCAAUAUGAUUUUCCUUUAGGGUACUGCACAGCAUAUAAAGACGAUGACUUGGAUGAGAAGUAUAGUGUUCUCCAGCCUCGUAAGACUAUUUCUGUUUAUAUCCCCAUUUAUUCCACAAACAUCCUGCAACCACGAUUUUAGAGCUUACAGGGAUGGCGACGUAAUAGUCGGAGGUCUGCUUAGCAUACGCUUACCAGAGGGUGAUGAUCACUGCGGUAAUCUUUUCACAACUGGACUGGGGCAUGUAGAAGCUAUAAUAUUCGCUAUUGAAAGCAUAAACAAGAAUCCCGUUCUUCUUCCGAACGUGACGCUCGGAUAUGACAUACGAAACUACUGUUUUAGCACGAACAUGGCCGUGAAAAUAGCCUAUGACUUCAUGCAAGAUAAUUCUCCAACGGACAAUACCAUGCAAAACGGAUCCAAGCCGAUCUCAGUGCUUAUUGGUCCUGACACUUCCGCCAGCGCAGUGCUGGUUGGAAGCUUUCUUCAAGUCGUUGACAUUCCCGCCAUCAGCUCAGUUGCCACAAGCGUAGACUUGAGUUCAAAAUUGCACGAACACUUCUUCAGAACAGUUCCACCUGACAUCUGGCAGGCAAAGGUCAUGGCAGACAUUAUAGAACUCUUUAACUGGACAUACGUGGCCGCUGUGGGUUUGGAUGACUCUUACGGACGGAAUGGUAUUUGGGCACUAGAGAAAGAAUCAUACAACAGAAAAACCUUCUGCGUUGCCUUUUCGGAGCACAUUCCACGACGAGACUAUCAUGAUAAGAUCAAGCAAACGGUUGCUAAGAUUAAGCUCAGGUCUAAUAUCGGAGUGAUCGUCGUCUGGCUAGCAAGCGAUUAUGGUAGAGAGUUUUUUCGAGAGGCAACGAGUAAAAACCUUGUAGAAAAGACUUGGAUACUCAGCGACGCAUUGACCUCUGAAGAAGCUGUGCUACUUGACCCUAACUUCGCAAUGCUUAAUGGCUCCUUAGGAAUACAGCCACAUGACUAUCCAGUACCCGACUUUGAAGAGCAUCUUAAGAUUAUCACCCCUGCAAAAAGCCUUGAAAGAGGCAGGGAGUGGUGGGAGGAAUUCUGGAGAUUAGAAUUUAACUGCUCAGCAAUUGAUCUGGGACGAAUUCCAACUUGCGAAUCAAAUCUGACGCUACACAAUGCCCUAAAAAAGAUCCGGAACUCUUUCGUGUCGUAUGACAUUGACGCUGUUUACGCUAUUGCGCACGCUCUGGAUAACAUUAACCACUAUUUAGUUACGAAUAGAGAUAUUUCUUCCUCGAAACAGCCGAAAGUGAAGGGACGUGAUCUACAGAAGUAUCUCAAAAAUGUUAGUUUUGAUGGCUUAACUGGCAAAGUUCAGUUUGACAUGUUUGGUGAUCCUUUAUCUGCUUCAUACGACAUUAUUAACUUUCGAAGUAGAUCAGCCACAGAAGGAGCUCGUAAAAAGAUUCGGAUUGGAGUCUGGGAUAGAGAAGGUACGCCUAGACUCAAUUUAAAUGUCUCGGGAUUACAAUGGAAAAGCCUCUCGACUCAGUUUUCGUUCUGUUCCUCAGAGUGCUUGCCUGGCACCAGAAAAGAAAUCACCGAGCCAUGCUGUUGGGAAUGUAAAAAGUGUCUUCCUGGAACUAUCAGCACCUACAUUGGAUCCACCACCUGUACAAAGUGUGAGCCAGAGACAAAGUCAAAUGAAGGGCACACUUGGUGUGAGAAGUUAACUAUUGUCAAUAUCACCUUCACAACCGCCACUGGAAUAACUAUUACAUUGGUGGCUUCCGUUGGAAUUAUCCUCACAUUGUUAGUCUGCGGCACUUGGGUCAAUUUUUACAAUACCCCAAUCGUGAAGGCUUCCAGCAGGGAAAUCUCUUAUCUUGCUGUUUGGCAUUUCAGCAGUUUUUAUUUUAGCCGUCCUUGA